AUGGCGUCACAAUCGCACCAAGUCUUCCCCUCAAUUCUCGACAAUGAUCUUUACAAGUUCACCAUGCAAUUUGCUGUGUUGAAGCACUAUCGAGACGCUCAAGUCGUGUAUGAAUUCACCAAUCGAGACAAGGAAUUGCAGUUGAAUGUUGAAGCUGUGGAAUGGCUCGAGAAGCAGAUCAAGGAUAUGAAUGAAUUGGCUCUUACACCUGAAGAACGCGAGUAUAUUGGUUCAAUGGACUUUUUCGACAAGGAGUAUGCCGAAUACCUGUUUCAAUUCCGUUAUCGACCUGAGGAGCAAGUGCACAUGAAGUUUGAUCCACAAACACGUGAGCUGGAGCUCAAAGUCACUGGUUUAUGGCAUGAGACGAUCUUGUAUGAGGUGCCAUUGUUGGCCUUGAUUUCGGAAGCUUAUUUCAAGUUUGUUGACCGCGACUGGAACUACGAUGGCCAAUAUCAGAAUGCUACCGACAAGUGCAUGAAGUUGCUCGAGAAUGGAUGCAAGUUUUCAGAAUUUGGUACUCGCCGACGACGUGAUUUCAAGACACAUGAUACGGUGAUGCAUGCCUUAAAGGAAGCUUCCGACAAGUACAUGGCAUCCACGGCUGAACCUAAAGGCGUUUUCACUGGUACUAGCAAUGUCUUUUUCGCCAAAAAGUAUGGCACACCAGCUAUUGGCACAGUGGCACACGAGUUCUUUAUGGCUAUUUCAGCAUUGGAAGGUGUGAAGCAUGCGAAUGCGAUUGCAUUGGAAAAGUGGUACGAGACCUACCAUGGUGCAUUGGGCGUUGCCUUGACCGAUACCUACACUACGGAUGUCUUCCUUCGAGAUUUUGGCAAAGACCUUGCAAACAAAUAUGCAGCUGUGCGACAGGAUUCGGGUGAUCCCUCCGAGUUUGUUCAUCACAUUAUCGCCCACUACAAGUCUCUCGGCAUUGAUCCAAAGUCCAAAGUGAUUGUCUUUUCUGAUGCAUUGGAUGUACCACGUGCUAUCAAGUUAUUGCAUUUGACCCAAGAAGCUGGCAUUGGUGCAAGCUUUGGUAUCGGCACAUCGCUUACCAACGACUUUAAAAAGGUCAGCAACCCCAAUGAAAAGAGUCAGCCCAUGAAUAUGGUUAUCAAGAUGUGGUAUUGCAAUGGAAAGCGUGUCAUCAAGCUCAGUGACGACGUUCUCAAGCACAGCGCCAGCGAUGAUUUGGUCAAUGAACUUAAGCAGCAGCUAGAGAUUGCUUGA